AUGCCCCCUCCACCACGGCUCAAUGCCCCCUCCACCACGGCUCAAUGCCCCCUCCACCACGUCUCAAUGCCCACUCCACCACGUCUCAAUGCCCACUCCACCACAGACACACUACUGCCCCCUCCACCACGUCUCAAUGCCCCCUCCACCACGGCUCAAUGCCCCCUCCACCACGGCUCAAUGCCCCCUCCACCACGUCUCAAUGCCCACUCCACCACGUCUCAAUGCCCACUCCACCACAGACACACUACUGCCCCCUCCACCACGUCUCAAUGCCCCCUCCACCACGGCUCAAUGCCCCCUCCACCACGACUCAAUGCCCCCUCCACCACGGCUCAAUGCCCCCUCCACCACGGCUCAAUGCCCCCUCCACCACGACUCAAUGCCCCCUACACCACGGCUCAAUGCCCCCUCCACCACAGACACACUACUGCCCCCUCCACCAUGGCUUACUGCCCCCUCCACCACGUCUCAAUGCCCCCUCCACCACAGACACACUACUGCCCCCUCCACCACGGCUCAAUGCCCCCUCCACCACGUCUCAAUGCCCCCUCCACCACGUCUCAAUGCCCCCUCCACCACGGCUCAAUGCCCCCUCCACCACAGGCACACUACUGCCCCCUCCACCACGUCUCAAUGCCCAGUCCACCACGUCUCAAUGCCCACUCCACCACGGCUCAAUGCCCCCUCCACCACGGCUCAAUGCCCACUCCACCACAGACACACUACUGCCCACUCCACCACGGCUCAAUGCCCCCUCCACCACGUCUCAAUGCCCACUCCACCAAAGAAACACUACUGCCCCCUCCACCACAGCUUACUGCCCCCUCCACCACGGCUCAAUGCCCCCUCCACCACACACACUACUGCCCCCUCCACCAUGGCUUACUGCCCCCUCCACCACGUCUCAAUGCCCCCUCCACCACAGACACACUACUGCCCCCUCCACCACGGCUCAAUGCCCCCUCCACCACGUCUCAAUGCCCCCUCCACCACGUCUCAAUGCCCCCUCCACCACGGCUCAAUGCCCCCUCCACCACAGGCACACUACUGCCCCCUCCACCACGUCUCAAUGCCCACUCCACCACGUCUCAAUGCCCACUCCACCACGGCUCAAUGCCCCCUCCACCACGGCUCAAUGCCCACUCCACCACAGACACACUACUGCCCACUCCACCACGGCUCAAUGCCCCCUCCACCACGUCUCAAUGCCCCCUCCACCACGUCUCAAUGCCCCCUCCACCACGGCUCAAUGCCCCCUCCACCACAGGCACACUACUGCCCCCUCCACCACGUCUCAAUGCCCACUCCACCACGUCUCAAUGCCCCCUCCACCACGGCUCAAUGCCCCCUCCACCACAGGCACACUACUGCCCCCUCCACCACGUCUCAAUGCCCACUCCACCACGUCUCAAUGCCCCCUCCACCACGGCUCAAUGCCCCCUCCACCACAGGCACACUACUGCCCCCUCCACCACGUCUCAAUGGACCCACGGGGUCAAACCGGCUGCUCCAGAGGCCACCGGGGUCAAACCGGCUGCUCCAGAGGCCACCGGGGUCAAACCGGCUGCUCCAGAGGCCACCGGGGUCAAACCGGCUGCUCCAGAGACCACGGGGUCAAACCGGCUGCUCAAGGGACCCACGGGGUCAAACCGGCUGCUCCAGGGACCACGUGGUCAAACCGGCUGCUCCAGGGACCACGGGGUCAAACCGGAUGCUCCAGGGACCCACGGGGUCAAACCGGCUGCUCCAGGGACCCACGGGGUCAAACCGGCUGCUCCAGGGACCCACGGGGUCAAACCGGCUGCUCCAGGGACCCCCGGGGUCAAACCGGCUGCUCCAGAGACCCCCGGGGUCAAACCGGCUGCUCCAGAGACCACGGGGUCAAACCGGCUGCUCCAGGGACCCACUGGGUCAAACCGGCUGCUCCAGGGACCCACAGGGACGGGGUAG